AUGACAUCCAAAUCUAAGAGUUUCCAAUCACUGCGUUCUACACAAGAACAAAAAUUAUGCACGACGUCAUCUUCGGGUCUUCCGAAAUGGCGGCAAUCUCCGAUCGAUAUCAGUCGCGUUGCAGUAUGGAAUAAAAAAUUUCCGCCAUUACUUUUGACAAAUUAUUGGUCAAACAUUGGCACAGCGAUACUUGCAAACACUGGAAAAACAGUUAACAUCGAAUUGGCGAAUAGAAGAUUGCCGAUAAUGCGUGGCGGCCCAUUGAAGGAUGAUGAAUAUCAAUUUAUGAAUGUACAAUUCCGAUGGGGCCCGUCCAACUGUCGAGGCGCGGAACAUUCUAUCGACAAUAUUUGGCGGUAUUUAUCAAGGUAUUCGAUGGAAGCACAAGUCAUGCAUUGGAAUACGCGUUAUGGAUCGAUAGAUAAGUGUUAUGACAAAUCUGAUGGAAUUUCAAUACUUUCCUAUCUUAUGCAGGUUGUUGGUUGUCCUGGAAUUCCAGACAAUCCUAUGCUUGCUCUAAUCACUCAUAAACUCCCAGAAAUAAAACGAACGCAGAGCACCAUAAAUAUUACUCCGGAUUGUUUACGUUGGAUGAUGUAUGCAUGCACUUGUCCUGGAUAUUACACUUAUACAGGUUCUCUUACUUUCCCUCCGUAUAAUGAAUGCGUCACUUGGAUAAUCGUGCCAGAUGCUAUAAAAAUAUCCUCCAAUCAAAUCGAAGCAUUCAGAAGCCUUUAUAAUCAUAAAUGGGAGCAUAUAGCAAGAAAUUAUAGAUCACAACAUCUUCUUCAUGGAAGAAGGAUUUUCUUUGCCACAAAUGAUGCAGUAGUUUGA